UUGUGGGUGUUGUGGUAGCAUGCAUGCAAUACCUACCUACCUCCUCUACGUACAUAUUGUAAUAUAGUACACUGCAUGUACGUGUAGUAUACUACCUCCGACGCAAGUAUAGCUCGGGCAGGCAAGCAGGCAGGCACGUCCGCCGGUAGGAAGGCAGGCGCGGGUUCCUAGGUGUAAACAGUGCAAGGCGAUCAGGUUUGUUGUCUCCUUCUCCCGCUGACGGCAAGUAGGGGCAGGUCUUAGCCAGGUACUUGUUAUUAGCGACGUCCCGCCGCGAUUCCUCUCCUCUCCUCUUCCUCCUCCCUCUCUUUUUAUUCUGCUUCUUCCCCCUCCCCUUUCUACAAUCGUCCUUCCUCCGCGUCCUCUGCCUGUCACUUUCGCUUCGGCCCGCCUUUCUUGAUCCAUCGUCUCCUCGUUUAAUACUCCUACUUAGACAAGUCUUCUCCGGGGACUGUCCGUACCGCAAGGCGCGCGUCGCGUCUGAUAUACUCCCCUCACCCCCCACAAGUCACACUCACCUUCGUCCACCUUGCGCGCCGGCUUGGCUGAGCACAACCGGAUAAUCGCCAUGACGCUGGUAGACCUAUACAGGCAGUUCCUCACUGCGCCGAACUCGUCCCAGUUGGCCGCCGAGGCUGCCCUCCAUUACAUCACCACGACAACCAGCUACAAGGGCGCCGAGGACAUAAUCAAGCACAUCGAUACUUCAGCCAAGCAGCUCAAGAAGGACGAAGCGGAUUUUCUUACGGCGAUCGAGGGACACAAUGCCAUCGCUGUCGAGAUCAAGACCACUCUGGAGUUUGUCACCUCCGGCGGUGCUUACCUGCCUGGUCUUGACGACAAUUUUUUAGCAGACCGUACCGUCCAUCUUGCUAUUACGCACAUUGUCGAUUUUGCGCCCGACGGCAAGAUCUCGCAGAUUCGCCGGACCUGGGAUCAAGGUUCUCUGCUUAAACAGCUUGACAUCAUUGGCAAAUCGGGCCGCAACUGGCCUAUCCGUGACAGCAAAGAGCAAAUUAAGAUCAUCGAAGCCUGUGUCAAAUUGUCUAGCGACGCUAGCGCCGACUCCGACUUCAGCAGUCUUUCGGCUCGUGCUCGUGGCGACUCUACUAACAUUCUACGCGACCCCCACGCCUCGCUUGCCUUAUUCGCUCCCCGCGAGGAGUCUAGCGAGAGCAUCGCUGCCGUCGUCUCUCCCAGAGGCGGCGCUCGGCCACGGCAGCGCGAUUUCACUGAAAUUCUAGGCGAUGAGCCGGUCGACAACACCGAGGAACAAUCUGCGUCCCCAAGCAAAGUCAUCGCUCCGAAAGCUGGCGCCGGGAAGGGCUUUCAACCAAGUCGCUUAUUCGAUGAGACGGACGCGUUCGCGGAAGAGGCCAACUCGCCCGAGGCAUCCCCCAGCCGUUUCUACCGCCCUAAUCCUAAGAAGUUUAGUCAUUUUGACUUUGGCGACGGUUCGGAUCCUCGAGAUGUGCCUGAGCCGAUUGGCCCUACCACCAAGAAGACCAAACAUACCAGCCAAUGGUCAUUCGAUGACUUCGUCACGCCUCAAAAGCCUAAGCCGACAAAAGGUUUGCGACACCAAGAGGUGCGCCAUUGGGCUACCGACAACGACCAGGCACAGGAAAACCACCAAACCAAAACCGCUGCGCCAGCUAAGCCGCGCCGCGACGCAGAGACCCACUUUGAAUUUGUAGACGACGGAGUACCCAACGGCGAACCGCGUGCUACACGUCCUAGGGGCGCCACCCAAAACAACGAGCUGGGCUUAUACAAGAACAACCUGUACAGUGAGGAGGGCAAUGAGGCCAGUUCUACAGGAGAGCCGCAACCUCUGGGGGCUAUUACGAACUUGAAAGAUCGCGGUCGGGACUUCGAGGCCCACUGGGACAUGACUGACAAUUCGCCGGCCCACAAGACACCCAAGGCCCCAGUGGGUGAUGACCGGAAGAAGGCCGUGAAGAUGAUGGACGCCAACUGGUCGUCUUACGAUGAGUCUCCCGCCCAAAAAGAGAACAAGCCCACGAUGGUGCACUCCCGCUCUAAAGUCGACGGCGAGCGGGGGAUUCAUAUCGCCGGUGACGGGAUGGGUGGUGGAAAGGGUUCCAAUCGCAACUGGCUGUUCGGUGACGAGGAUCAUAGCCCAACUACGAACCCCGCGACCGGCAGAAAGGCCACUGCCGGAAAAUCGCAGGGCUUCAACUGGGAUUUCUAGGCGACCGCCCCACCACCGCCCUCAGCGCCGAAAGAUAUCCCGGACGAACGUCGAGCGAUAAGGACGAUUCCCAUUUGUUACGAAUAGAAUGUCUAGAUGUGAGUCACGAAUUCCGAGAAGGACCCCUCAGAGAGAGAAUUCCCUUGUGUCUCCGUACGGAAGGCCACAGGUUAUGCCGACGGUAGAAGAUGUACUAGGUUGGCGGCCGGGUCCUGAGUGCGGGUUUCGUUUCAUACUAGUUGGGCUUAUAACAGGUAUAACCUAGCCACCAUGGGCAUUGUCAACCUGUCGUCUGAGCAAUCUUGGGAGGUUACUGGCAUGCCAGGGGGCGGAUUCUCCUUGUCAUUCUAUCUAUCUCGGCUCGUGCCGUUCGUCUCGUCUCAGUCGGGAUGGCAGGGCACCCUCUUCGUGUACAUGUUAUUAUCAUUUUCGUUCCAGGCGUAAAAAUCUAAAAUGGCUAGCCAACCAAAAAAUAUUUUUUUCAUUCAGCAAA